AAUUUUUCUAUGAAAAUUUCUGAUGUUUAAUUUUUGGUCCUAGAAAAUGAUGGACUGGAGAAGCUGUGAGAUUCCUGUGGACGAGCUGCCAACUGUGCACCCUAGGAACGAGACAAGCAGCAGCGAGGACCCGGCAACAGACACGGGAGGACAUCAGGACAAGGAAGAGGACAUUCUAUCGGAGGAAACGUACGGGGUAAACUCUGUCCAUCCUCCCAUACAGAGUAAAACAGAGCAGACGGACGGGCCUGUGGUGAAAGGUACUGUGGAUAAACGUUACAAGUGUGAGGAGUGUGGAUACAGGACAGCCGAAAGAUCUAACCUAACCGUAUAUAUGAGAAAACAUACAGGAGAAAGGCCAUACAGUUGUGACAAGUGUGAAUAUUCUGCUUCGCAGAAAGACGAUUUAGACCGGCACAUGUCUAAACACACUGGAAACAAACCCUACAUGUGUGGGGAGUGUGGCUUUAUGACGGCUGAUAGGUCUCACCUAUCCAGGCAUAUGAGAAAACAUACAGGUAACAAACCUUACAAGUGUGACCGUUGCGACUAUUCUACUGCACAGAAGGCAAACUUAGACCGACACAAGGCUAAACAUACUGGAGACAAACCCUACAUGUGUGGGGAGUGUGGAUUUAGGACAGCUUGCAGGUCUUUCCUAACAGUGCAUAUGACAAGACAUACGGGAGAAAAACCGUACAAAUGUGACCAGUCUGCUGCACAGAAAGGUGAUUUAGACAAACACAUGACUAAACACACCGGAGACAAACCCUACAUGUGUGAGGAGUGUGGAUACAGGACGACUGACAGGUCUAGCCUAACUAAACAUAUGAGAAAACAUACUGGGGAAAAACCCUACAAAUAAGACCUGUGUGACUAUUCUGCUGCACAUAAAAACAGUU